UCAACUUAAUUAUUCAAUAAAAUCUUGUAAAAUCUCUGUAAAUGAUUAAUUAAAAAGAUGAAUGAGCACAACAUCAUUGUAAUAAAGUUAAAUCAGCAGUCGCAUUCAGAAAGCGAAGUCAAGGAAGAUGACAACGAAACUGAGGCAGCUAAAUCUUGUGAGGGAGGUGAAAGAGAACAACAUGAUUUGAAAAGGAAAAAGAAAAAGAAGAAGAAAAAGUCUGGUAAACAUGCAAAUACUCAAAGGAGCAGUGAGGAUAAUGCUGAUAUUGAUGAGGUGGAAAGAUCAGUCAGAGAGGUGAAUAGGCUUCUGGGUGAAAGUUAUACCUCAAAAGUUUCUACCAGUACAAAUAUCAAGCCUGAUAAACUCUCCCAUAGAAAAAAUAUACUGUCAAUACAGCAUAAACACUUGAAUCCUAACAAUGAGUUGAAGAGGAUAUUUGGCUCUAAAAUCAUCCAAACUGAACACAAACGUAAAAACAGAGGAGGAGGCAGAGCCCACAUUAAAUCUACCACAAUGGUUAGCUGUAAAGAAAAUUGGCCUCAAGUUGGUAAAUGCGGCCUAUCAAUGAACUAUGUAGAAAACAAAGACGGAUUCCAGUACUUUGCAUAUGAACAUAGUCAGAGCUACAGACAGGUGCAAAAUAAGUUCCUGGAUGCUGUAGAGAGCCUGAAUCCAGACAAUAUUGUAGCCAUAAUCAAUGAGCAUCCCUACCAUGUGGAUGCUCUGAUCCAAUUGUCUGACUUGUGCAAACUGAGCGAAGAUCUGGCCAUGGCAGCUGAGCUGAUUGAAAGAGCUCUAUAUUGCUUAGAAUAUGCUUACCACCCGCUUUUCAACGUAGCUCAGGGCAACUGUAGGUUAGACUAUAGGAAGCAAGAAAACAGGGCACUCUACAUAACAAUCUUCAAACAUCUACUAUUCAUUGGUGGCAAGGCAUGCUACCGCACCUCUCUAGAAUUCUGCAAGCUUCUUCUGUCUCUGGACCCAGACGGUGACCCUUUGGCAGUAAAAUUAGCCAUCGAUUUCUACGCAAUCAGGGCUCGCGAAUUCCAGUGGUUAAUAGAUUUUGUUACUGAAUGGGACACCACGAAGAAUUUGUUGCAACUGCCGAACUUUACCUACUCGCUGGGCGUCGCACACUUCUACAACGGUGAUAGCGCCAAAGCUGACUGUCUCUUACAAGAAGCACUGAUGAUGUUCCCGGGUGUUCUGUUACCUUUAUUACACAAGUGUUCCGUACAGAUUGACAACAGGGUUGCCAAUCAUUCAUUCUUUCUUGGUGCUGAUGACCCUAAAACCCAACCUCAAGCACUGACGCAACUUAUUCUCCUGUACAUAAACAGGAGUUAUCACAUUUGGAAGGACAGUGAUCUGUUGCCUUGGCUAGAAAAAAAUGUACAUGAGGUUCUUGACAGGGUAGAAAAGGGAGAUCCAGUCAUCAAAGAUUAUGAAGAGAAACGUACUAAAAGAUAUGCUGGACAUCUUCCUCAGAGCAUAGCAAGGCAUAUGCUUUUAUCAGACAAAGGUGUAUCUCCUACGUUAGAGGAGUACAAUGGGCCUGUUUUAGGGUUCGACCCUCUACCUCCCAAAGAUUCAAUAAACACCUACACGAGGCCUAAGAGACCGAACGUGCCGCUAAAUAAUUCAAGUCCGCUGGGAAUGUUUUUUAGAUCCAUCUUGCCUAACUUCAACAAUCAGAACAUUCCACAGAACUUUGACGAAGUGGUCAGAGAGGAUGCAGCCAGAGCACUAGUAGAGGACGAUAAUAAUGAAGGUGGCAACCUGAGGCGCAGUGUUGCCAAUUUGGUGGACGCCAUGCGUGAACUGCUGAAUAACAUUAGGCCGGAAGUACCGAACGACGCAGACGGCGAAGAAAACGAUGAUUCUGCUGAUGAUGAUAUGACUUAAGGGUGCUGCUGCUGCUGCCAGACAGCCACAGCGUGACAUUUUCAUUAAUAUCGGAUGUCUUUGUGUUGAUUUCCUAUUGUUAUAUGUAUUUAAAUUAUGUAACGGAAAUUAAUUAAACUCUUUCUAUAACCAAA